GGCCGCCCUGCUACCAUCAUCGUACUUCUCGAAACACACCCCACAGGAGAGCAAUUCCGCCAACUUAUCUCGGGUCAAUCCAAACGUAACCGAGGUGAAGUGAACUGUCACCGUGGAAGAAUAAGCCAGUUUCACUUAUGCCAUUGGAGUGACCGGCUGCAGACCAAUAGAAUACUUUUCUAGAGAUCAGGAACGUGGUACCAUCUACUAGCGAGAACAAUAUGGCGGAGGCAAUGAGUAUGAAGGCCUUUCUCGAUGCGCCGAAGCAUUUUCAAGGAAUGGAACUGGCUGCUGGCAGUAGAAUUGUUCUCAAGGACCCAGAGAGCGGGCUUAAAAUCAAGAUCGAAACGCCAAAGGAUGGAAUCGUCAAACGCAUUAAAAAGUCUCUCAUCAAACGGGACAAGUCGACAACAGAGGGAUUCGAAUCGCCGAACCCACCCCCACCAGUACCUUCACGGCACCGUGGCGUCAAUCGGGAGCAAGAAGAGUGCGCGUAUAUGCCCUUAGAGUUUGAGGAGAGUUAUGAAUUUCCGAUACGUGAACCCGCGAAUGUUCCCGAGAGCGAGAUAGCACUGAACCUAGACGAGGCUAUCUAUGAAUCGUAUGAUAGUCAGGUUUAUGUGAACAAGGACUUGUUUCCAGGCCCUCCCAUGGGUCAGCAAAUGGCCAUGCAACUUCCACGGCGCGGAUCGCUGAAUCCGCCGGGCAUUCCGCCCAAAUUGCGGCCAGUGUCGGAUGGUUAUGCUCACGUUGCUGAUGACGAUCUCGCCCAGACAAGUGGACCAGAUCGAAACGUAGACGCGCUCCCGUCUCCGGGACCGAACACCGAAUUCGACUCAGAACGUAAGACCAGCUUCGGUGACGACCUUGACGAGACGUACAGGCGUCUGCGCCAAGGCUACGAGAAUGCGAAGCCUGGUAACGACUGCCUGACAACCAAACAGAAGGGGGCGCCCGCGGAGACAACCAUAACACAGGACGUCAUCUCACAGGCUCUGGUGCCAGACUACUGGACUUAUUAAAUGCCACGAGGACACUAAAAAAAUAUUAGUCUAAGCCACUUUGGUGUUCAGACUACGCAUGUUCACGUAAAUAACUGAUGACGUCAUUUUGAAGUAAAUAAAGCAGUUAAGUGUUCCUCUCCCUCCCCCCUUCCAAAAAAAAAUAUCAUUGUUUCUCCUUGCAUCCGUAGUUGAAACACCGAACUGGUUUAUUCUGACUAUAUAGUUCAGUUAUAUUCAAAAAACCCAAGUUUACAAUUUAGAAAGCAACCACAUCAUUAAUCCAUUCAGACUGAAUAUAUAUAGCACUUUUCUCCUUCUUUAAGGAAAACCUGUAUAUCGAGACAUUUCCUUAUUAGCUGACAUCACUCUCUAAUGCAGAUAGUCCAAUACAAUACAUUUCUUGUAUAAUUUUGCGAACAUUAGACACCAUUCUGCUUGAGCGGGCCUUAAGAUGAAUACAUUUCAACCCUAAUUUGCAACAGUUCCGGCUAACUGUAAUGUUUUACAAUUUUGCCUAAAGUUGCCAACCAUUGGUGGCAAAAACUACGUACAACCGUGAUAACUAUUUGGAGCCAGAUCAGGAAUCAUCCCCGUUUUUCCCCACAAAGUUUGUGCCGAGUUUUUCCCCAUCCCGUAGUCAGCCUCAUAUUGAAUGUUUCAAAUAAACUUAUAUCUUGUACUUGUAAGCCA